AUGUGCUUCGCUGUUUUCUGUAGUGGGGUCACAUGGGCUUUUGACCGACUGCACAAGAUCCAGCGACGGAGUGCCAUUAUUUUUACCGAUCCUUAUGUUUUCCUCAGUGGUGGUUUAGCAGGAUUAGCUGGACGAGCAGCCGCAAUUCCAUUUGAUAAAGGAGGUGUAAAAGGUCCGGCGCAGGCAUGUUACCGACGUAUGCCGCAGUUUGGUCUCCUUAUGUGGUUUUAUGUCCCUUUGGCCUCCCAACUACUCCCUGGUACUGAACAUGAUCCUGCAUUUAAGGCAUUUACAACUUUUAUACUCGGAGCAUUCGCUGGAUUUAUGAUGCGACUCAUAUGUAAUCCUGUAAACCGUGUACGUGAUGAUUCUCUUCGCACGGGUGAAAGUUUCUUGAAAACAUGUCAACGAUUCAAGAGCAAGACGGUGUUACAGUUUUUCUACACCACACCUCCUCUUUUGGCUAACGCUAUUUACUUUGGAACACUUAUGACCGUUUUUGAGGGGUUACGACGUUUCUGUGAGCGUAAUCGCAUAAUCCCAAUUAAUAUAGAAAAGGAUAAAAAUGGUAAUGAUAUCUUUAACCCUGAGAACUAUGCUGCUGUAGCUAUUGGAAACACUGUGGUAGGUGGUGUUGCUGCUGGUGUCGCAUCUACGCUUUGUUACCCAUUCUCUGCUCAUGCUUAUCAUCAAACUGUUAUUCAUGAUUCUGCUAUUUGUCGGGGUCUUCUUCCUACCUUGCGAAAAGAAAUACCAAUGAUGGCGGUUAGCUUUGGUGUAUUUUCUCUUUUACAGCCCAUAGUAGCGCCUCACCAUGGAACUCGUGUGGGUUUUGGGUACUAG